GAUCCAACCCCUCUUUUUUUUCUUCGCCAUUAAUAUUUCUUUUGAAAAAACAACAAUUCCGUUAUAUAAGUAACUAAUCGGUUUCAACCAUCCUGCUGGCAGAUCUCCCACCAUAUUUCUUACCAAAAAUAAAAUGAAUUCAACGAUGUUGUUGGAUGUUGUUACUUGUUAGUACACAUAACUUGAUAAAUACACUUAUGUAUGUUAGAGCAACCUCAUCAGGAAAAUAUCUCACAUGGAGUUCUGGACAAAUAAUAUUUAUAUUUAAAUGUAAUUAAAUUAUAUUUUACUAUUUUCAGAAAAAUUGAACCAUUUUAAAAGAUAUAUGUGGCAUAAAAAGUUCUGAUGGGUAUCUAAAAGCAUUUGAUUUAAGAUAAUUUUAUGUCUUUUUCUAUUUUCCCUUAACUAUUUUUUUUCUGAAAUACUACAUAAAAUGUCUCCAGGUUCUCUUAUAUGCUAUUAAAGUUCAAUUUAGAUAAACUAAAUAGAUAUAAUUUUAUCUUAACCAGAAGAAAAAAUGAUCCAAAACCAGAUUUUUUUUAUCUCCACUCAAUAUUUAGUCAUACUAGUUUUGUUUUCAAAUAUGUUAUAUAAGGUGAUAGCCGUAAACUAAAUUUGAACACAAUGUUGAAAUUAUCUAAAUAUAAGUUAUACAUAUACAAUUAAACCAAUUCAAAACAUAAACAUGUACAAUUGGCGUUAUGUGUGAUUUAUCAGGAUUUUUGUGUUUUAGAUAAGCUAGAUAUAUUUCAUCUAAUCUGAGUAACAAAGUUUUUCCCACUUCAAACAAAUUCUUAAUUAGGAUAUACAAAUUUCCUGUAUUUAAAAAUAUUAAAUUGAAUCUUAAAUAUAAUAAUGAAUUAUCGCCUGCACUAGUUAAUAAUAACAAAAAUCUUUAUAAAUAUAUAUGUAUAUAUAUAUUUUUGUUAUUAUUAGAAUCGCACCGCAGUUGUUUAACAUGUCGCUAUUCAGACCAAUAUAUGUGAGUAAAAUUCAAUUUUGAGUACUUAAAACUAUUUUUAAUCCAUAUAACUAUGUUAGAAUAUCUGUAAAAUAACUUUUUUUUUACUUUUUGCUAAACUUCAAAUUUAAGGUUUGAUAGUGUUACUUUCCAAAAUUAAAGCUUUAUAAUGAGUUUUCUAAGUUUUAUAAUUUACACUUUAUUAUUUAUUGAAAAUAAUUAAUAUUCUACAACUUGUAUCAUAAAUAUAAAAUAUACAAUAAAUGUAGUUUAUAAUACUCUUUAUGAAUAUAUUCAAUUUGAACAUGAGGUAAUAAUAUGAUGAAUUCAUUAACAUCAGUGACUUUUGAUUAAGCCAUAUUUAUAUAUAUAACAUUUUGAAACUAUUAGAAAUUUUAGUACUAUUUUAAUAUUUUAUUUUCUAUAUUAUAGUUAAUUAUAAAAUAUAUAUAGUGCUAAGAUAUAUGAAAUUAUAAGGAUUAAAAUGAUAAAAUAAAAAAUUGAUAAUAAUAUUAAGAAAAAACAUAAAUAUGAAGGUUUACGGUUUCAUUGUGCAAAACUUUUUAAGGUUAGUUUUGAAAUGCACGAAACUUUGUAUUUUUAUAUAAAAAUUUUAGAAUUUUCACAUAAACCAUAUCUAAUAUAUUUUUCUAUUUUUUUCUCUAAAAUACAAGAUUUCUAUAAUAUAAAUAAAAUAUGCUUCAAUGUAUUUUUCAUAAUAAAAAUCUUCAAAUAUAGAGUAAAGUAUAGAGAUCUAUAAAUGGAAGAAAAAUAGCAAUUUUUAUUUUAUAAACAGAAAUAGAUAUGGACUGAAAUAGUUUUUUUUUUAAUGCUAUUGUAGAAUUAAAUAUAGAAGUGGGUUGAAAAUCUUUUAGUCAUUUUUGUUUGACGAAGUUUAAAUAUUAAUGUCAUAACCAUUAUAAACGAUUAAAAAAAUUAAGGUAACAUUAAAAGAGUAUUAUUGCAUGAAAAGUGCAGAUGUCGCUACUUUAAAAUAUUAAAUUUAUUUAUAUGAAAAUAAUAUCCAGUUUUGAAGUCUACUAUAAAGUGCGGACUAAUAAAUAAUUUAUUAAAAAAAAAAAAUUUAUUUAACUUCCAGUAUGUUUAAAUCCAGUUUGUUUGUUUUGCUAGCUAUAUGAAUGAAAGUUUUUUUUGAUCAAAGGGCCCCUACAUACAAUGCUUCAUUAUUAUUUAUUUUUUUUGUAAAAUACAAUACUUCAUUCUUUCCUCUACAGCACUAAUGAUUAAUGAACACUGGAAAUAUUCAAAAUCUAUACGUUUUUUUUUGUUUUCUAACGGAAAAAAUAAUUUGACACGUUGAGUAGAAAUAUACAAUCUAGAAAAUAUUAAAACUGUAAAGUUCUUGUGGUGCCCAAAUCUCUUUAUUCCUUUGGCAGAUUGAAUUUAAAACUGAAAAUAGAAAAACUGUGGAAAAGUUGUAAUAUUUUUGCAAAUCUAUUUAAUAAAAUAGAAAGAAUUACUUUUUUUUUUUUUUUGGUAAACAGAAAGAAAGAAUUACUUAAGAGCCCAAAAGAAAAGAAAAAAGCUUAAUUAGUAUUUUAUCUGUGACUGUGUGUGUAGUGGCACGUGCCAGCCUUGCAACAGUAAAGCUACAAAAUCGUUCAUGUCUGAAUCCGUCGACCUAUAUAUAUUCCCGUCACGACCGGGACUUUCUCUUCCUCUAAUCCAACGGCUAUCUUUAAUUUCUCUCAUAAAUCAACCAUCAGAUCUUAAUCUAACGGUCUAUAAUAAUUAUCAGUUUCAUUCCUCUCCUUUUAAAUAGACUCAAACCCAGACCAGUUCAACUCUCCUGUCUCUCUCUGAAGUCUAAACAUAUUGAGCUUCGCCGUUAGAUGUCUCAGGUACCGGAAAAUUGAUAGACAAAGAGAGCAAAAACUCACUGUAACUCGUGUAGUUAAGGAUCGUUAUCUCUCUCGCGUUCGUGAUGCUUGUUACGACGGUGACGCGGAGUUUUAGAAAACUUUAAAAUGGAAGGUCAGGCGAAGCUGACGAGGACACAGUCGUCGUUGCUCCGGUCACCGUCGACGGUACGUUCGUCUUUUCACAUCUUUAGUUUAAUCUCCGACGAUGUCCCUCACCAGAAGCAAGAUCUAGAAGCCGGAGAGAAAGAAGAGAAGCAGAGGAGAUACCCGCCUAAACCAUUCGGGUCAAGUCCUCGAACCGGGUUAACCCGAAUCAAUCCGGGUCUAGCCUUCACGAUGGUCUCUCUCUCUUUUCUCAGUCUCUCCUCUUUCUUCUUCUUCGUUGUAUUCUCCAAAACCGAUGAGCUUCUCACCUCCGAGAACCUCCUCCUUGCUCUGAUCUUCGUCGCCGUCGCUCUCUUCCUCGCCUCCAGGAACAAAACACUUCUCAACCAAACCAAACUCGCAAUCACCAAAGGCUUUCAGAGCAAGAACCGGUCAAAACCGGUUCAAUGGUACAUCGGCGAAACCGAAACCAAACCGGAGAAGGCCACCAAGCGGUUCGUUAAAGAAGGUGUUCAGUUCUACAGCAACGGAGACUUCUACGAAGGGGAGUUUCACAAAGGGAAGUGUAACGGGAGUGGUGUUUACUACUACUUCGUGAGAGGGAGAUACGAAGGUGAUUGGGUCGAUGGGAGAUACGAUGGUCAUGGGAUCGAAAGCUGGGCUAGAGGAAGUAGGUACAAAGGUCAGUAUAGGCAUGGUCUUAGACAUGGUUAUGGAGUUUACAGAUUCUACACUGGUGAUUGCUACGCUGGUGAGUGGCUAAAUGGUCAAAGCUAUGGGUUUGGUGUUCAGUCUUGUGCUGAUGGUAGUUCUUAUGUUGGUGAAUCAAGAUUUGGUGUCAAGCAUGGGCUUGGAUCUUACCAUUUCAGAAAUGGAGAUAAGUAUGCAGGAGAAUAUUUUGGAGACAAAAUACAUGGGUUUGGUAUGUAUCGUUUUGCUAAUGGUCAUUGUUAUGAAGGAGCGUGGCAUGAAGGUCGUAAGCAAGGGUAUGGUGCUUACUCGUUUAGAACUGGUGAUGCUAAAUCCGGUGAAUGGGAUUCAGGGAAUCUUGUAACAUCUCUUCAUUCUACGAGCGAGCCGGUACGCAGAGCGAUUCAGGCUGCUAGAGAAACGGCAAAGAAGGCCGCAGAGAACCGGAGACGAGUAGAUGAACAAGUGAGUCGAGCUGUGGCUGCAGCUAAUAAGGCUGCAACGGCUGCAAGAGUUGCUGCGGUUAAAGCGGUUCAGAAUCAGAUGGAUGGUAAAUUUUGUCAAAGUUAAAAAAAGAAAAUUGUAAAUUUUUGGUUUGUUACCGGUGUAAUCUGUAACCCUGAUUGAAGCUAAAAGAAUGUAAGCUUGGUUCAGAGGUUUUUUUUAACAAUGUGAUUUUCGAUCUUUAUUACUACUUCUGUAACAAUUUGUACAUAAAAGAAAAUGGGAAAUCUUCUUUUUUUUUAAAUCAACGGCUUGAUUGAUGAUGGAGCCUUUUUA